CCGCAUUGAGCAGGAAGAAGUCAACAGUCAGCGAGCCAGAUGCGGUCCUCAUCAACACACACACACACACACACACACCCAGAUCAUCUGCCUGCUCAUGACCGUCCGCUUCUCAGCGUUGAGCCCUUUAAAGAACAAGCUUUCAAAGGGGAACUGAUGUCUCAGAAGAUAUCCUGAAACUAGCUGCUGAAACAAGGAUUAAAACUUUCAGAAAGAUGGACGACGUUGACGCCAUGUUCAGCGAACUGCUGGGGGAGAUGGAUCUCCUCACACAGAGUCUCGGGUGCGACACAGUACCUCCUACGUUCCCCAGCAACACCGAGGAGGCCAACUUCUCCUUCGGCUUCAACGACCUGAACGACUCCCUCCAUGAGCUGGAGGACAAUGAUCUGGACGCGCUCAUGGCCGACUUGGUGGCCGACCUGAACGCCACCGAGGAGAAGCUGGCGGCCGAGAUUCAGACCCUGAAGGUGCCGUCGCCGACCCAGUCCGACCUGCCGCCCCCGCCCAGCGACCUCAGCGUCCCGCCGGCCCCCUCCUUCGCCUCAUCCUCCUCACCCUCCAGCAGCAACCGCAGCAGCACGGCCUCCUCCUCCGCCUCCCCGCUACCACCCCCGCCUCCCCAGUCUACGAAACCCACCAAGGAGGAAAUUGAGGCGCAGAUGAAAGCGGACAAAAUCAAACUGGCUCUGGAGAAGCUGAAGGAAGCUAAAGUGAAAAAGUUGGUGGUGAAGGUGCUGAUGAACGACGGCAGCUCCAAGACCUUGAUGGUCGACGAGAGACAAAGCGUCCGGGAGGUCCUGGACAACAUGUUUGAGAAGACUCACUGUGACUGCAGCGUGGACUGGAGCCUGUGUGAGACGAACCAUGAGCUGCAGCUCGAGCGGACGUUCGAGGACCACGAAAACAUGGUGGAGCCGCUCCUGGCGUGGACGAGGGACAGCGAGAACAAAAUCCUCUUUCAGGAGAGAGCGGAAAAAUUCGAGGUUUUCAAAAACCCACAGAACUUUUAUCUGUGGAAGAAGGAUAAGAAAACUCUCAAAGACAUAAAAGACAAGGACAAAGAAAUAUUGAUACAGGAGAACUUUUGUGGGACUUCCAUCAUCGUGCCGGACCUGGAAGGGGUGCUGCACCUCAGAGAGGACGGCAAGAAAUCCUGGAAGCCGCGGCUCUUCCAGCUGAGGGCCUCAGGAAUUUACUACGUGCCCAAAGGGAAGACCAAGUCGUCCCGUGACCUUGUGUGCUUUGUUCAGUUCGACAACGUUAACGUCUACUACGGAAAAGACUUUAAAAAUAAAUACAAGGCUCCGACAGACUUCUGCUUUGUGCUCAAGCAUCCUCAGAUCCAGAAGGAAUCUCAGUACAUCAAGUAUCUGUGCUGCGACGACGCCUGGUCCAUGAACCUUUGGGUGACGGGGAUCCGGAUCGCAAAGUACGGCGCAUCUCUGUAUGAAAACUAUAAAACAGCGGAGAAGAAGACGGCGAUGAGCUCCAUUUGGUUCAACCGCAGCGCUCCAGCCGGCUCCAGUCCAUCGCCCACCAUCACAGCCAAAUCACAAAGCCAGGCCAACGGACACGCCGCGAAGCCUCCAGCAGGACCCACUUCUCAGGACUUUGGAAGUUUACCCCCUCCGCCCCCACCCGUAUCUGGGUCGCUCCCUCCGCCCCCGCCAGACCCGACACUCCCUCCUCCGCCGCCGCCUCUGGCCGCGAAGAGCUCCCCGAAACCCACUCUGCCCAGGAAGCAGCUCCAGGCCAACUUCCCCCCUCCUCCGUCGAUGAUGGACAGCCUCCCCCCUCCUCCGCCGCCUCCGCCCAUCGACGACGACUGUGAGGACCCUCCGGAGUUCCUCCCUCCUCCACCCCCGGUCUCCGGCUUCGGUUCCCUCCCACCUCCGCCGCCAAUGAACUCCUUCCCACCGCCGCCUCCGGCGGCCGGCUUCGGGGUUCUGGACCAGUCUCUGCCCCCUCCGCCGCCGGAUCCCGGCUUUUUGCCUCCGCCUCCACCACCGCAGCCGGCGUUCGCAGGGGGAGGGGUCCCUCCGCCCCCUCCGCCCCCUCCUCCACCUGCCGCCCAGCCCGUCGGCGCCCCACGGACACCCGCCAAGCCCGCUGGCUCGCUCAAGAAGAGGCCUCCAGCGCCUCCAAAGAGGACUACACCAUCUCUGCAUGGAGGAGGAGGAGGAGGAGGAGGAGGAGGAGGAGGAGGAGGAGGAGGGGGGGACUUCAUGUCAGAACUGAUGCUCGCCAUGCAGAAGAAGCGAAGCGAUCAAUAACCUCAGCGCGGCGUCCGUCCUGUAUGAAUAUGAGAAAAUCUGCACCGACUUAAUCAGCCUUUUUCUAGAAGAUCAACAGAUUACAUCCCUGCAAGGCAUCCAUCCUCCUUUCCUUUCUAAUUAAUCAAAACAACAAAGACUUUCAGGAUAAUAUUAUAUACAGUUUUGUUUGUAAAGGAUUUUAGACUCCAUUGAAUUAAAGCAUAAAAAAAUGAUGAAAUAUCUGAGUUGUUUUUAUAUAUAUGUAUGAAACCUAUUAUUGUACAUCAGUGAUGCUCUCACUGGAUGGUGUAAAUGUUGGUAUUGGAGCGAUGUAAAUACUGUACAAACUCCAGGGAUGAUACUGUUCAGUCUGUGUGCUUUCAAAUGACUGUUCCCUGAAUAAACUCUCAUAAAUACAUCCUUCAAAUCAUUGCUUACGGUAAUAAAUACAGGAACAUUUUUCUGUGUUGAAUAGAGUUGGUCGGUGUUGCAGAAACAGAGAAUUCCGGCU